GCUGUGUAAUAACGGUUAUAUUAUUAUCUAAAAUAGGAUAAAAAUACUUUCAACAGUUGGCAUUUGUUAAUAAUACUUUUAAAAUGUUUUGAACAUGAAAAAGUUAAUGGCAUUUAUCAGUUCACUUGUUAUCGAGCCCCUGUAAGCGAAAUAACAAUUUCUUGUGGAUGCUGUGUAUUUGUUUUGCUGACAAUUAUCGAUUUUGUCAGUCGCAGCAUCUUUGCCUGAACAAAAAAGGCGCCAGUGGAAAGGAUUUCAAAAGAUAACUUUGAAAAAGUUUUAAAAUACUAUCUUCAUCAUGAAGCGUCAGAAUGUUCGAACCCUAUCCCUUGUUGUAUGCACUUUUACCUACCUUCUAAUCGGAGCUGCAGUUUUUGAUUCUCUGGAGUCCCCAACCGAGGCCAAAAGAUGGGAGUUUUUACAGGCCGUUAAGAACAACUUUGUAAAAAAGUACAAUGUCAGCGACGAGGAUUUCCGGGUCAUGGAAAUUGUUAUUAUUGAAAACAAGCCACACAAGGCGGGACCGCAGUGGAAAUUUGCUGGAGCUUUUUAUUUUAGCACCGUUGUCCUGGCCAUGAUAGGAUAUGGCCAUUCCACACCAGUCACCAUACCGGGAAAAGCAUUUUGUAUGGGUUAUGCAAUGGUGGGCAUUCCUCUGGGUCUGGUGAUGUUCCAGUCGAUAGGAGAACGUCUGAAUAAAUUCGCAUCGGUUAUUAUAAGGCGGGCAAAGAGGGCCAGUGGAGCCCGCUGUACGGAUGCCACCGAGAUGAAUCUUAUGCUGGCCACCGGAAUGCUCUCCUCAAUAAUUAUCACCACUGGAGCAGCAGUGUUCUCCCGGUACGAGGGAUGGAGCUACUUCGAUAGCUUCUACUACUGCUUCGUCACCCUGACCACCAUUGGUUUCGGUGACUAUGUGGCCCUGCAGAACGACCAGGCCUUGACCAAUAAACCUGGUUAUGUGGCUCUGAGCUUGGUCUUCAUCCUCUUCGGCUUGGCCGUUGUGGCCGCCAGUAUUAAUCUGCUGGUGCUACGCUUCAUGACCAUGCAAGCCGAGGAUGCCAAGAGAGAUGAGCAGGAUGCCCAGAACCUGGCCGGAAAUGCCCAGCCGGUGACUUUCGAUGAUGAGUCCACCUACAAUAUGCACGGCAAAUUGCUGGAGAAUAAUUAUACAACGGAGAAUGAUGAGACCGCUUCUCUGUGCUCUUGCACCUGCAUGGGCGGCACCAGGUGCCUCAACCACGAGCAGUUCGUCGAUCCGGAUUUCCAGCCUACGGAUAUUAUUGAGAGCACUCUGUGCCUGAAGCGAGCCUCCGUCUGAUAUCCGUAUAGCCAGCUGUGGGAUUCCUCCUUGUAGAGGAGUCCAGAGCCAAGGGAUCGCCACAUUGUAGUCCACCAUCCUGUAGAGAUCCAACCGCCGUUAACUCAAAACACUGGUUGUUAGACGAACCUUCCCUACGUAGAUAUUUACACAGGGAUGGGUCGAUUAUUUCGGCAGGGAAUUAUAAAGUUUUUAGGAAAAUUCUAGAAAAUUCCAAAGAAAUUUCAAAAACAUUUUUUAACCGCAAUAAUCGACCCAUCCCAAUAUACACCCAUCUAUACACAUUUACAAAGGAGGCAUCUCCAAAACACCCAUGUCAAUAUCAAUCGUAUCAUCUGGCUGGUGACCGUAGAAACCUCUAUUGGUUCUAAGGCACCGCCAACCCCAUCCCAUCUCGAAUUUUAUCUGUUUAUUGUUUUAAUAAAGGUAAUAUUAAAGUUUUUGCUCAAAACCCUUCAACUGACAUUUCUGUUAUUUGGUGAAGGAACAUAUAUUUCAAAAACUUCGGUCGUAGUAGGCCGGCUAAGAACCUUCGGAGACGUAGUAUCAACCAACUUCAGUCCAGCUCAGUAUCAGCUAGCAAGUACACGUGUAAAAUAUAAACCUGAAAAAUUAUACGUUAAAAUAUUCAGUUUACCGCCGGUUUUUGCCCCCUCAGACUGUUAAAAAAUAACUCGGUUUUUUUACCAACUAUUUUUUUUGUGGAAAAUCUU